AUGAAGGGAGCUUGCCAAGAGGUGAAGCGGACCAAGACUCUGUUUGAUUGUGAGAGUGAAAUACAGCAGUAUCCAGUGCCAGUGCAAAAAGCAAUCCAUGAGAGUGCUGGGAAUCGUGCCAUCCAUGUGAUAAGGCUUUACAAGCCAGAGGGUAGUAGUCUUGGGUUCAGUGUAGUUGGACUCAAGAGUGAACUCCGUGGAGAAUUGGGGAUAUUUGUUCAAGAAAUACAGCCAACAGGUUUGGCUGGACGUGAUGGUCGUCUGCGUGAGGAAGACCAAAUCUUAGCCAUAAAUGGCCAAGCUUUGGAUGCACACAUUUCACAUCAUCAAGCCAUUGGCAUCCUUCAGCAGGCAAAGGGCCCUGUUGUAUUGGUUAUUGCUCGUGGGACUCCAAAUGUGCCAGCUGGAGCUGUAAAGGAUACCAGCAUGGUCAUCAACAGUGAAUGGGUGCAAGUAGAGGCAGUGGAACUCAUUAAUGAUGGCUCUGGGCUUGGUUUUGGUAUCAUAGGAGGAAGAAGUACAGGUGUGGUUGUCAAGACUGUUGUUCCUGGAGGUGUCGCUGAUCGAGAUGGGCGUCUCCAGGUUGGUGAUCAUAUUUUGCAAAUUGGAGAUGUCAACCUCCGGGGUAUGGGUUCUGAUCAGGUUGCCACUGUUCUUCGGCAAGCUGGUUCACAUGUACGCCUCAUUGUGGCAAGGCCUGCUGAAUCUCCUGGAUCUGAUCAACAAGUGGCUGGAAUGGCGCCUAUCGUCUCCAGCCGCUUACUGAAUGAUUCAGAGGAGCUUGAUAGAAUUAUUACAGCUGCUGCACAGGUUGCUGCUGGUGUCACACCUACAGCCCUCCUGAAUGGCUACCAUGAACAAUGCCUUAUAGAAGUGCAACAAAAUAUGUUGAACAAUGAGUGCACUGCAGCUGGGGAAACAAAUGCACUGCCUACACAGCCUGAUAACAAUUCCAAUGUGAGCCUGGAGAGAUCAGGAGUUUCACAACCAAGUGUCAUUGUAACACCUGAAGAAAAUUUGCCAGAGUUGGAGACUUUAGAAGUCUGCCUAGUGAAAGGUAGCCAGGGUCUUGGAAUCACAAUAGCUGGGUAUGUGUGUGAGAAAGAAGAACUUUCUGGCAUAUUUGUGAAGAGUAUAACUCCUGGUAGUACUGCUGCAGAAAGUGGGAAAAUCCAGGUGAAUGAUCAGAUUGUUGAGGUGGAUGGGAAAUCAUUGGCUGGGUAUAACAACCAUCAGGCUGUGGAAGUCUUAAGAUGUACAAGUCAAACAGUGUGCCUGAAACUUGCCAGAUACUUGCGUGGACCGAAAUACGAGCAGCUGCAGCAAGCAAUAGCAACUUCUGAAGCUUUUCCACCUGUCUCUCCCACACUUUCCUCCCCCAUUGUGCCUAAACCUGAUGUCGUGCCUGAACCUGCCCCAAGUGAAUCUCUUUUUCCUGUGAUCCCCAUUGAACAGCUGGAGAAAAGAAUAGAUUCAAAUUAUGCAGGGGUGAUUUCACCUGAUGUUGAAGAAGCAAUAAAGCAGAAGUGGAGUCAGAUCUUGGGCAGUGACCAUGAAAUAGUUGUUGCUCAGUUGUCAAGAAACCCCAGUGGAGGUGGCCUUGGAAUAAGUCUGGAAGGAACCGUUGAUGUAGAAGAUGGGAAAGAGGUUCGUCCUCAUCACUACAUCAGAUCAAUCCUUUCUGAUGGCCCUGUUGGGAGGAAUGGAAUUUUGCAGAGCGGUGAUGAAUUGCUUGAAGUGAAUGGAAAGAGACUCAUGGGUCUCAAUCAUAUGGAUGUCGUGGCAAUCCUCAAGGACCUCCCGCAACAUGUUCGACUUGUGUGUGCCCGCAAGUCUGAUGAACUGCGACCACGAUUGUUUGGCAUGAAACCUGAAAGCAUCCUUGAGAAUGAAUACCAUGAUGAAUCUUAUCAGGGUCCCACAUCCUCCGGAGAGAGACUUAUAAAAGCUAAAUCGGAAGGAUCAAUAGCUUCCAGCCCAGUGUCUCAUGUGAGUGAUAGCUCUUUGAAAAUCAGUCUUUCGAGGAAUAGAUCCUUAUCUAUGGACCCAAUUUCUGGUGUCGCUAUGUGGAACACGAAAGAUGUUGAGGUGAUUGAGCUCAACAAGGGAGAAGGAGGCCUGGGGUUCUCCAUCUUGGACUAUCAGGAUCCCGUCAAUCCCGAAGAAACCGUGAUAUUGAUCCGAAGCCUUGUUCAUGGAGGGGUUGCACAACAAGAUGGCCACCUUCUCCCAGGUGAUCGACUCAUGUUCGUGAAUGACUCGAACCUAGAAAAUGCCUCUUUGGAAGAAGCUGUUCAAGUUUUGAAGAGCAUUCCCAAGGGUACAGUGAAGAUUGGCAUCGCCAAACCUUUGUUGCUGUCUGAAUCUACGACAGCUUUGAGUCAAGAUGGGAGCUCACAGCCAAGUAUUAGUGACUUUGAUAGCACUACGCCCAACAAUGAUUUCAGUUUUGAUAGUGUAGGUAUCACAAUUCCGCCUCUUCCUCCCCCAGAAUUUGAUGCCACUGAUUUCACUAUUAGUAGUAGCAUCUCCUUGGUCGCCACAAAGCCCUUAGAUUCCCCAAACUCCUUCCCGAAACCUCAAAGUGACCUUCAUUUCAAUUCACCGUCUGCUAAUGAGAAUCAGUCAUAUAAGCUUCCUAGUACGACAGUUCUUCAGAAAUACAGGCACAUACAAGUGAAAAAUCCCAAUCAUAAGCUAGGCAUGCAAGUGGAAGUUGCGUCUGAAAGGGGAUGCGGAAUGAGGGUGACCGAUUUGGACCAAGAUGGAGCAGUGAGGCACGAUGGGCGCAUUAAAGUAGGAGAUCUCAUUCUUGCUGUUAAUGGGAAAAGUCUGGAAAGUUGUAGCUCAGCAGAGGCAUUAGCUAUUUUGGCAAGUGCAUGCACGCCAGAGGUUGAAAUCACCUUUGUGCCUCCUGAAUGCGAAACUAAUUUAGAAAAGAUGACACACAUUCUGGGAGUGACAGAUUCGGCCCCAUCACCCAGUGCAGUUCAGCCUUCAUUGGAAAAGUCUGCAAUGACUUUUGAGGCUGAAAAUGUUGCAGGUCCAACUGUGAUAUCAAUCAAAUCAGUGAAAGGCACGGAAGAAAGCCUACAAAACAGAGUGGAGAUCAGCGAGGUGCGGGAAAUUCUCAAAGGGAACGGUACAGGAAAGGUCACACAAGUUUCCACACUAACAUUGAAUCAGCCUGUUUUGGAGAAGCCACAGCCAACAUUUAUUACAUUCAAAGGAUCGCCCGAGGAAAAAUCAAAUGUGAAUGAGGUGGUAACUCAAGACCUUGCCGAUGAUUCUGGCAAUAUGAACUCUUCAACUUUGGAUGAGGCAUCCGUGAAUGUCUCGCAAUACUGGGGUCAGGAGCGUAGAGUGAUGGUGCAGAGAGAACCUACUCGUGGCCUUGGCAUCAGCAUUGUUGGUGGGAAAGUGGAUGUUAACGGUGAGUCUGGUAAUGAUUCAGUGAUAUCAGGGAUUUUUAUCAAGAAUGUCCUAGCAGAGAGCCCUGCUGGUCGCACCGGACAGCUUCAUACUGGGGAUCGGAUUUUGGAAGUAGAUGGAAUCAGUUUGAGAAAUGCCAGUCAUGAAUAUGCCGUUGAAGUGAUCAGGGGAGCAAGAAAUCCAGUUUGCUUUGUUGUGCAGAGUCUGCUUCUUCGAAACUCUAACUCUGACCGGGAUUCUUCAUCUGAAGGAAAGAGAAAGCCAUCUGACCCAUCGUCAGAGUCUGACAGUGAAGCUAAUGCAGGAAAACUGAAGACAAGUAAAAGCGAAGAAAGUGGAAGAAAAGAUUCAUCAGCCAGCACUACCAAGUAUGGCACAUUGCAAGGUCAAAUCAUUGAAAUUGAUGUGAGCCCAACAAAUCAGGGGUUGGGACUCACGCUGGCAGGACGGAGAGAAAAUGCAGUCAACAAGGUCUUUGUGGCAGCUGUUGGCGGAGAAGCAGAGAAAUGUAAGGUACAAGUCGGAGAUGAGAUCUUGGAAGCGAAUGGGCAUGCAAUCCGCGGGCUGAAUCAUGUCAAUGCAUCAGCUCUCUUACGUAGUCUUAAGACCUCUUCUGUUCGAUUGCUUGUUCUCAGGGCCAAUGAUGGGGCAUCGACAUCACCUGACCCAGAGGAAGAUUCUAAUACCAGUACGUCUGAGCCAAGCUUAGCAGAAAAGCACCACUUGCAAGGUCUGAAAAAGAUUACGCUUCAGAAGGGCACAACAGGGCUCGGUAUUAUGAUCAUAGAAGGUACUCACCCCAAAGCAGGGAAGGGUAUUUUUAUUUUGAAUAUCCAAGAAGGGAGCCCUGCCCAGAAUGCCGGACUUACUCCUGGUGAUAUGAUAAUUGAAGUAAAUGAUGAGAACUUAAUAGGCGCAUCCUAUGAGAAAGCGGCAGCCGUUCUGAAAGCGGCUACUGGACAGAUUUCCAUGAUCGUUUGUAAGACUACAAGGACUGAGGAACCAGAGACUGGAAGUGUCAGCAGUAGUGUCACUGCUUCAUUAUCAGGAGAGAGUUCAAGCAAGGAAUCGACUUCCCCAAGUUCCAGGCCUUCACAGAAACCAAAAGUGCCCCCAAAACCUGCUAAGUUUGCGCAACGCUCAUAUUCACCGCCGAAACAAUUUGCGAAGCCACCCUUGAGAGAUGAAACAGAUGACCAAGAAGUUCCUGAUUUAUCCACAUGCCCCAUCAUUCCAGGACAGGAGACAACGAUUGAAAUUGACAAAGACAAGAUGGGCUUGGGUUUAAGCAUUGUUGGAGGUAAAGAUACUCUACUUGGAGCCAUUAUUAUUCAUGAAGUGUACCCUGAUGGAGCAGCUGCAAAAGAUGGUCGCUUGCGACCCGGAGACCAGAUUUUGCAGGUGAACAAUGAAGACUUCAGGGAUGCAACUCAUACGGAAGCACUUGCAGCUCUGAGGCAAACACCGGCCAAGGUACGGCUCGUCGUAUUCCGAGAAGAGGGUCUUCUGGGUGAUGAAGAUAUCUUUGAAGUAUUUGAUGUAGAAAUGUUCAAGAAACCUGAUAGGGGGUUGGGACUGAGUAUUAUGGGGAAGAAAAAUGGACCAGGAGUCUUCAUCUCGGAAGUAGUCGAAGGUGGAGUAGCUUCUCUCGAUGGACGACUGAUGCAGGGUGAUCAGAUCCUUGCCGUGAAUACUGAAGACCUACAAUUUGCUACCCAGGAGGCAGCCGCAGCCAUUUUGAAGACGACCAUGGGCAGGAUUCAAUUGAGAAUCGGUCGGCUAAAGGCGAGUCCACGUCGAGGAAGCAUCCCAGGAGCAGGAGCCAUUCCCGAGCGAUCAAAUAAUUCUGCACCUCAGAAGAAGACGGUUGUGCUCACACGUGGACCAGAUGGACUAGGCUUUUCAAUAGUGGGUGGAUUUGGGAGCGCCCAUGGUGACUUGCCAAUUUAUGUGAAGACGGUGUUUGCCAAGGGUGCAGCUGCUACCCAAGGCGGUCUUAAACGCGGUGACCAGAUCCUGGAGGUUAAUGGCGAAAGUCUGGAGGGUGUCACUCAUCAACAGGCCGUUGAAAUCCUCAAGCAAGCGCAUGGGACUGUCAACUUAACUGUUCUCUCUUGA